AUGGACAUGCUGUCCGAGUUCAAGGACAUGUGGUCCGGCCACUUGGGUAAGAUUGAUGCUACGAAGCAUCGCAUCGAGCUGAAGCCCGGUGCGAAGCCGAUCUACCAAGCACCCUACCGAGCCGGACCCAUCGCACGCGAGAAGGAGAAGAAGGAAAUCGACCGCAUGCUGCGCGCGGGAGUCAUCGAACCGACAUCGGCCAAGUGGGCGAGCCCCGUGGUCUUCGUCCCUAAAAAGGACGGGACCAUGCGGUUCUGUGUGGACUACCGCAAGCUAAACGCCGUUACGGUGGAGAUCGCCGAGGAGGACCGCGACAAAACUACGUUCGCGUCGCAUUCGGGCCUCUACCGCUUCCUACGCAUGCCGUUCGGUCUCAAAAACGCGCCCGCGACAUUUCAACGAGCGGUCGACAUCAUCCUGUCCCGCGUGAAAUGGGAGACCGCGCUGGUCUACCUCGAUGACGUCAUCUGCGCGUUUUUCGACACCUCCGUAACCUAUCUCGGGCACGUCAUUCGUCCGGGACGGUUGGAGGUGGAGCGACGCAACGUCAUUGCGAUCGAGCGCGCGCGCGCGCCUACGAACCAAACGGAACUGCGAUCCUUUCUCGGGAUGUGCAACGUGUACCGACGGUUUGUGCAAGGAUUCGCGAAGAUCGCCGCGCCGCUGAAUAAGAAGACCGGCAAGAAUCAGGCCUACGAGUUCGAGAUCUUAACCGAUGCGGAAUACGCGGCGUUUGAGGAAUUGAAGCGGCGCCUCGUGUCGCCGCCAAUCCUCGCGCUGCCCCGCUACGGACGGAAAUAUACGCUGGACACCGACGCGUGCGGACACCAAGUGGGUUGCGCCCUUCUACAGGAGCAACCCGAUGGAGGUGCUCGACCGAUUGGAUACUGGAGCCGCGCGUUGACCGACGCGGAGCGCAAUUAUACGACUACCGAAAAAGAAUGCUUGGCCGUAGUGUGGAGCAUCCUCACCCUACGGCCGUACCUAUACGGAAGCGCGUUCAACCUCCGCACGGAUCACGAGGCCCUACGCUGGGUCCUCAAUUUAGCGGACAGUUCCGGUCGGCUCGCUCGCUGGCGCCUGCGCUUGGCGGAGUACGACUACGAGGUACAGUACCGCCCAGGCGUCAAGCACCAACUCGCGGACGGCGAAUCGCGCUUACGUACUGAUAGAGAAGACACCGAACCGGUCGAUGAUGAGGUCCCGUGCUUCGCGGUCCAGUACGAUGAGGGCAGCGAGGCCCUCUUGGACAAUGUGCACUGGGACCCACCGCAAGACCGUCCGGACGGUUGUCACGCGCUCGCGAUAACUCCCGAGGAACGCGACGCUGCGACGUCCCCGCUGGACGGAACCCUGCAGCGCGUGGUACCGACUCGGUUGCGCCCCCGGGUACUGUACCUGGCACACCAUCCGAGGUUGGCAGGUCACCCGGGAGCGACGCGUAUGUACUACACCAUUCGCAGGGAGUACUACUGGCCACACAUGGCCAGCGACGCGUUUUCGACCGUACGGAAUUGCACCUCGUGUGCUGCGACCCGCGGGACGCUUGUCAAGAACCAAAAGGAUCUCAAGCUGUUCCCCGCGGCGGGCCCCUUGGAGUUUGUCGCGAUGGACCUCCUGGGGCCCCUGCCCAAGACCGCGCACGGAAACCAACACGUGUUGGUAAUUACCGACCGGUUCUCCAAGCUAACGCGCAGUAUCCCGCUCCGGACCACAACCGCUUCGGUCGUCGCAAACGCGUUUUUAGACAACUGGGUCUACGUUUACGGAGCGCCGCGCUACGUAAUAACCGACAAUGGCCCCCAAUUCGCUGCGAAAUUCUUCGACGCGGUAUGCGCCCUCCUGGGGGUGCGGCAUUAUCUCACGACAGCCUACCACCCCCAGUCGAAUGGGCAGACCGAACGGUUCAAUCACGCUGGUGCAACGCCUCCGGCACUACGUGGAGGAGCACCAGCGCGAUUGGGACGACUAAGUGCAGCCGCUGACCUUUGCGUACAAUACGCAGGUCCACCGGUCGACGGAGACGACUCCGUUCGACCUGGUGUUAACGCGGCCACCGUCCGGUUUGAUUCUCCCCGGUACUGUGCCACAGGACGCGGGGACCCAUCGAGAGGACCGGCGAACCCCGGUGCAGUACAAGCGCGCCACGCUGCGCAAGCUUCGCGACGCUCUCGACCGCGCCCGGACGAAAUUAUGCGCAUCGCAAAAGCGGUACAAGGAAGAUUUUGA